AUUGAGUUGAGUCAUUGAUAGUCAGUGCUCGUAGUGAAGUGUACGGUUUAUCCAAGUGUACAAUAUUUAUUUUCAUUAAGCAAUUAUAACUAAUAAUGGCGCCGAAUUUUAGUAAGUUUACUCAAAGAACAGAUGUGAAGAUUGCGCUUGCUGCCUCAGCAGCUCUUAGUGCAUGGUGCAUUAAAAAUUAUUUUAACUCAAGUAAAAGCAAAAAUGUGUCAAGAGUCACAAAAUUAUCACCAGAAGAACAGAUACAAUACAUGAUUAAAGAGAGAGACAAAAAAGGACCAAAGGCAAAAGUGGAUGCGAGGUUUUGGGCAGAACUCAAGUUACUAUGGAAGAUUAUGUUUCCGGGGCUCUGGUCCAAGGAAAGUGGACUCAUGGUGCUGAUAGCAUUCUCACUGAUCUCAAGGUCCAUGUGUGAUUUGUGGCUUAUUCAGCACACAACAUUGAUUGAGGGAUCCAUUAUAACAAUGAAUCUACCCAACUUCAAGCGAUUUUUAACACAAUUAUUCAUCGCUAUGCCCAUGAUAUCGUUAGUCAAUAACGUUUUAAAAUGGAGCAUAGGAGAAGCCAAACUGAGAAUCCGGACCAAUCUAACUUUGCACAUGUAUCAACAGUAUCUAAAAGGCUUUACUUAUUACCAAGUGACGAAUCUGGACAAUCGGAUAGCGAACGCCGAUCAAGUUUUGACGACGGACAUAGACAAAUUCUGCGAGACCAUCAUAGACUUGUACAGCAAUAUCAGCAAGCCACUUCUGGACAUCGGCAUAUAUCUAUACAGACUGACAACGAACCUCGGCGCAUCUACACCCGGCAUCAUGGUCGCAUACCUAGUUGUAUCUGGAAUGUUCCUCACAUUCCUGAGAAAGCCGACAGCAAAAAUGACAGUUCAAGAACAGAAACUAGAAGGGGAGUUCAGAUACGUUAACGCCAGACUUAUUACUAAUUCGGAGGAAAUCGCAUUCUAUCAGGGCAACCAUAGAGAACAGCUGACUCUACUCGCCAGCUUCUACAAGCUGACUCGGCAUUUGAGGAAGUUCCUACAGUUUAGAGUCAUUAUGGGCUUCAUCGACAAUAUCGUGGCUAAAUAUGUGGCAAUCACGGUUGGUUUCUACGCAGUGUCGAGGCCAUUCUUCGCAUUGGAUCAUAACCUGCUCACUACGGGCACUGAAAAUGACAGGUUUAAGCACUACUACACAUACGGUCGUAUGAUGGUGAAAAUGGCUGAAGGUAUCGGCCGUCUUGUUCUAUCAGGAAGGGAGAUGAACAAACUGGCCGGUCUUACAGCCAGGGUGACGCAACUGAGAACCGUACUCGAAGAGGUCCAACGCGGGAAAUAUACGAGGACCAUGGUCGAUAGGAACGCUCAGAAUGGAAACGGCCCCCCUACUCUGUCCCCGGGCGCGGGCCGCAUCGUGUACCAGGACAAGCUGAUCCGCUUCGACCGAGUGCCGCUGGUCACCCCCAACGGCGAUGUGCUCAUCAGGGAGCUGAGCUUCCAAGUCAAAUCAGGCAUAAACGUACUUGUAUGCGGUCCGAACGGUUGCGGCAAAUCGUCCAUGUUCCGCCAGUUGGGCGAAUUGUGGCCGAUAUUUGGUGGGACUCUGACCAAGCCGCCCAAAGGGAAACUGUUCUAUGUGCCGCAGAGACCGUAUAUGACACUUGGCACUUUGAGAGACCAGGUGAUCUACCCCCAAACGCGUGAGGAGAUGUUGCGGCGCGGACGAACAGACGAACAAUUGAAUCGUUUCUUGGAGAUCGUUCAGCUAUCGUAUCUCACGACCAGGGACGGCGGCUGGGACGCCGUUGAAGAUUGGAUGGACGUGCUGUCCGGCGGGGAGAAACAACGAAUAGCUAUGGCGCGGCUGUUCUACCACGAGCCGCAGUUCGCGAUCCUCGACGAGUGCACCAGCGCCGUGUCGGUGGACGUCGAAGGGCAAAUGUACCAGUAUUGCAGAGAGAUGGGCAUCUCUCUAUUCACGGUGUCGCAUCGCAAGUCCCUGUGGAAACACCACGACCAUUACUUGCAAAUGGACGGCAGAGGAGGCUACGUCUUCGGGGAAAUCGACCAGGACACUCAGGAGUUUGGCUCGUGAUUUUUUUUAUACUCAAAUUCAACGUCAGCUCUCUGGAGGAGAGUCCGGGAUGCGCCUUUUGAACCGAUUUGAUGUACCUGGAUUAGGUGACUCAGGUUUUUACACGAAGUGUCUGCUGUCAGACCUCCGCAAAUUCAAAGGAAACUAACCCAUAUUGGAUCAUGGUAAAAGCCGUUAUUCGCCUUUUAUUAUAUCCAUGGUCAAUUGUAGAGUGCCGAAAACCACACGGAAUUCUAAUAGAUCUUCUUAGAAAUUUCAUUGGCAGGGGAAUUAACUUAUUACCUUAAUAAGACAUGGAAUCAUAUCCAGAUUGUAUCUUGGUUACACGUUGAAUCGUUACAUGUGUUUAGUUACUUUAAAAAAAAAUAUGGCAUAGAUACAAGCACUCGUCGCUGUAUAUGCUAUUCGCAUAAAAUUACCUCACGACCGUGGCUUUGAAAAUACUUUAAUGUUGUAAUAAGAUUUUGUCACCUGACCUACCCAUUCCUGAACACUUAUUUCUAAUGUGGGUAUCGAAAAUCUACUUGAAUGAUCGGUGUCAUGCACCGGUCGACUGUAAGAAUGGUAAAAACUGUAUAAUCUUUGCACCACUUUGCAAAAUGUAAUUACAUACAUGCUAUUUAAGCAGAACCACGCCAAACUUAAGCCAACACCUGAAAAUGUGAUCGGGAAAUCUCUAU